AAGUACAUGCGCGCCACACCUGCUCGAUCAGUUGCAGUAACUGUCAUUUUUACUCAUUUGCAAAUUUGAGUUAAAACUGUCUGCCUCACGCACCAAGAUGCCGAGCUAUAAACUCACCUAUUUUGACAUCAGAGGAAGAGGAGAACCAGCACGAUUGGUUUUCAAAGCGGCUGGAAAGGAGUUUGAGGAUAAGCGUGUGACAUUCGAAGAGUGGGGAGCCUUGAAAGCUUCUUCAGAGUUUCCGUUUGGUCAGCUUCCAGUGCUUGAAGUUGAUGGAGUGAUGCUAUCUCAAUCGUUUUCUAUAGCAAGAUUUUUAGGCAAUGAAUUUGGUCUUACUCCCUCCACCAAUUUGGAAAAGGCUAAAGCAGACAUGAUUGUGGAUGGCGUUGCUGAUUUAACCGAAAAACACGCUUCAGCUUUCUUUGAAAAAGACCCAACUAGAAAGGCUAAGUUGCAAGAGGAAGUGAAAGCUGCUACCCCUGGAAUUCUCGCUCGCUUUGAGAAACUUCUUAAAGGCAAUAAUGAUGGGAAAGGAUUCUUUGUUGGUGACAAGCUAACCUAUGCAGACAUCAUCUUCUUUAACAUGGUAAAUGCCCUCUUUGCACAAGGAAAGAUGGAGGUUCCAGCAUUGAUCAAAGAUUUUCCUCUUUUGAUGUCUCAUUAUGAGCGUGUUAUGGCGAUCCCAAAUAUCAACGGGUAUCUCAAAACACGACCUGAAUCAGCCAUUCCAUCGGCAACAUAUAAACGCUGCGCUAGCGCUCCGAAGAAUCAUCUACAAGAAACAAUGUCAGGCUACAAACUUUACUACUUUGAUACCCGAGCUCGGGCUGAGAUCGUUCGACUGUCUUUCGUUGCUGCGAAUAUGGAAUACGAAGACAUCCGAUUUACCAGAGAAGAAUGGGUCAAGGAGAAAGAAUCUGGCAGACCCCCUCUUGGUCAGGUACCAUUUCUUGUGACCCCAGAUGGAAAAGUGCUUGGACAGUCUCAAGCAAUCAUGAAGUAUGUUUGCAGAAUAGGAGGUUUGAGCCCAACAGACAGUUUUGAUGAGGCAAUUGCUGAUAUGAUUGUGGGUGGUGUUGAAGAUUUUUUCCAGGCUUUGAUAAAGGUUUUAAUAGAAAAGGAGGAAGCUAAAAAGACGGAGCUAAUGAAAGAAUUCUUGGAAGAAACUCUCGCUAACCGACUGCCAAAAUAUGAAAAUAUUUUAAAAGCCAACAACGAAGGCAAGGGAUUCUUUGUUGGUGACAAGCUUACAUAUGCUGACAUCAUUUUCUUUGACCUGAUGAACUUUUUGGAAAAAGGCGAACCCACUGCCCCGAAAGCACUCGAAAAGUUCCCGUUAUUGGCUGCGCAUCACAAACGUGUACUGGAUGUGCCAGAAAUAAAGAAAUGGGUCGAGACACGCCCAAAAACAGAGCAUUAAAUGUUUUGUGAUUCCGACCAGUUGUUGGUUACCAGCUGUGAAGUGAUGGAAAGAAAAAUAAACUAAACUGAAAAUUUA